AAAACUACGACGUUUCGAUCGCAACACAAGCGGUCGUCAUCAGGAAAACCGACCGCUUGUGUUGCCAUCGACACGUGAGCGCGCGCAACUGCAUUUCCCCCCACCCCUUACCUUAUUUUUGUCUGCAUGCGAAGUACUGCUGUGUAUUUACGCGUGAGUUAUUUGUCUCCACGUGCCGCUGCGGGAAAUGUUAAAGCGAGGCGCAGUUGCCGUGCGUUGGUUCUCGAUGGGCUACAAUGGUAGGAUAUUGCCAGCCGCGUUGCAAUUGUCAUCAGCUUCAUGCGUUCGCCGUGGGAGCUCAAAGGGUUUCGCCAAUUUUGUAAAUUGCCGUGUCAAGUUGUGCUAAUUCGGUGUCGUCCCCGGUGGGCUUAGGCAAUAUGGCGCACUUUGGAAAAUAAGGAUGCAAACUGAAAAUGCUUUAUUGUCAAUAUAAUACCUCGAUGCAAAGCAAACAUGCGUUAAUGUUCUGCUAAAUUGGAAUCGCGCAUGUACUAACGCUCGUAACACUUUUUUUUUUUAAACUGGAGGGGAAAAAAACACAUUUCAAUUGGAAGCGACUCCCCAAUGCCUUCUUAAAGAUACAAAACAUUCCUCCGGGGUUUCUGGUGAUAAUGACACCUCAUUAUGCACAGAUUGUUCUGCUGGUUGGAAAAUACAACAGACGCUGUGAUAACAACAACAACAAAGACCAGGGUGGCCCUCUUCAGGACACCAAUCGUGCGAAAUGAACGAAACUGAACGAGUUGAUGGGAGAACAAUUGUAGACAAAAGCAGUGGAACGAGAGAGGAAUGCGUUUCAGAUUUCAACAUUUCGGAUUUAGCUUUUUUUUUUAAAAGGACGAAGUAGCGUAUUUGUUUUGGUCGUCACACGUUACAUUCAUGCGGUAAAGUGAAAUGCCUCCGUGCUAGUACGUGACGUUGCCCAAUGCCACGUGACACCACUUUCGCAGAAGUGACAUCGAGAACUUGGCUUAUCCUUUUGAUGUCUCAUUUUCGUGAACAUUCUAGAUGAUGGGGGGGGGGGGGUUCAGAUGGUCCUAAAAUUACUUUGCAUUGUAUCAGAAAAUCGGGAACACAUGCCCACAAUACAGUGGAAGGUUUCUGGCACGUUGACAGUCUGUGUGUUCGUUUUUAAUGUAGCCUUAGGACUGUUUUUUUUCAUGUCAUCUUGCCAUUGAUUGUCUGGAUGCACACGACAAUAAGCCUAAUUGCGGUGUCCAAAUUUUCCAGAAAUCGGUAUAAGAAGAAAAAACCCUGAUCAUUAAAAUGCCACUGAUGAACAAAAAUGCACUUUGUUUAGAACAUUAGUUGUUCUAUUGAGUAAAAACUGAAGAAAGCAAGUUGAUGCCAUUACAUUUAGUCUGACUUUAACAAUAAAAAUAAUAAUAGAGCAAUUAAGGAUACUUAUUUUCGAGACUAAAAAUUGAAUACCUCGUUGUGUGUUCACCUAGUUCAUUGUUAUGUCUUCAGUUAAACCGAAUUACUAAAUUUAAUGUAUUGUUGGCAGUGGAUAACGCACUGUGCUAAGCAACUGGCGACCUGGACUAAUUUUUUUAUAUUUAAUCCACUCCUGGAUGAAGGCCUCUCCAAGCCACCACCAUCUCUCAGAGUACUGCGAUUAUUAGUGAUCUUAUGUUCUUGAAAACAAAUGUAAUUUUACAUUUAUAAAAAAACUAACUGUAUAAACCAACGAAAGGAAUGUUCAUGAUAGGUUUGUUACAUCAUAGCACAUAUGAAGAAAGUAUUUUUUUCAGAUCGGAAGCCAUUGUAAUUACGUUUAAGCCAUCGUCAUCGAUUUGUAGUGAAACGUUAAACUAGUCAGAUAAUAAUAAUUGCAUUUGCAAAUAAUGCAUUUGCAAGUCCGUUGCUGGAAGAAGUCUCCACACUCUGUGGCUGUUAUGGUGGUUAUUUAGUGACGCUGCAUUGGCAGUGGUUGCACAAAUGUAAUGAACAAAAACAAUUCAAUCACAUUGUGGCCUUGAAAUGACAUAUAUAACAGCACAUUUCAUGUGGUGUGUAGAAGGGCCAUUGCCUGAAACGUCACAUUAUAUUUUUCCUUUUAACGCAGUGUUAUUAAUGAGUGAUGAUGUUUUUGUUUGUUAUGGCAAUUGUUUGACCAUAUUUCACCAUGCUGAUCAGUGCAGGUUAGUGAAGGAGGGCACCCAGGAGUAAUUCUGAUAUCUAAACUAAAAAAAAUAUUUUAUAUCUUACCAGAUAAGGCCCACUGAGCUAUGUAGCUCUUUUUAAGAAGCGACCUGGCCACAAUUAAUAGCUCAAUGAAGUGGCUUAUCAUGUGGAAAUGUAUAGCAACCAAAUACUCGAAACGCAUGAUUCUAAAUGUGGAGGGGAAAACCGGAUAACCCGGAGAAACAAAUCCACGUGGUCAAAGGGAGCGAGACACGCAAACUCCAAAUACACAACAGGUGUCAGGGUCAGGAUCGAACCCAUGACCUCCUGUAUACCAGGCGAGGUAGUUAACAUCUCAUAGCCACUGCAGCGCCCCAUAUCCCUCGCCACCGAUGUAAACCAUGGCCAUGAAUGGAACUUAGAUGACUAGAUUAUUAGGUUCACAGCCAAGUGCACUCAUGGCUGUGCCACCACUACCCACCAGUGAAAAAAUUCGCCAUCAUCAUUCGUCGUGAUCUAUUCACUGCUGGAUGAAAGCCCCCGCCCAUGUUCACCAUCAAACAUCUCCCUUCACGGUGCUUGGCUGCCGCAGUUCAUUUAACUCCUGCCUUAUGAGCUCACGUCAUCGCUCCGUCAAACGAACAAUUAGCCCGAAGGAAAUGCAAGAAUGUCUGGUUCAGUAGUUUGGUGUGACCGUUGUCUUCUUGUUGCUCCACCGGAGGUGUUUGAGGACGACAAACUGCAUUCGCGCUUUGUGGCGCUCAGAUCUGAAAGCGGGGAACUACAGAAGCAGUGCAUCGCGCCGGAUUCCCGAGAUGCGCAGGGCCCCCCCGUCGCCGCCGCACGUCCGCCCCUCGGCCCCGUGGAGCCCCCACUUCCCCACCGCUCCGACGCUGCUCAGCACCUCGGCGUUCCCCUUCCCGGGCCGAGCGGCCGAGGGGCCCCGCCGCUGUCCCGCCACCGCGCUGCGGGCGCCACCGGUGGGGACGCCGCGACCGCCGCCGCCGCCGCCGCCGCCGGCAUCAGCGGCCCCCACGCCGACGCUCGGGCAGCUCCUUCGCUCCGUCUCCAACUCGGACUUCAGGAACGGCAAUUUGGUGCGCCGGACCGGGGCGGCCGGGGCGGCCGGCGGUGGCGGCGAGGCGGACGGCGUGACCCUCCGGAAGCCGCGGUCGCUCUCCGCCGACUACCGAUACAGCCGGCUCAGCCUUCCCAGCAGCGUGCUCGUCUCCAGCAGAGAGGCCAUUCUGGAAGAGCAUAUGGAGAGGAGGAGAAUGUUGCAGCAAGAGAUCUACUACAGAGAGCAAGCGCGAAGCAUCCUCUCUCUGAACAAGAGUGGCAGCAGCGAGUGCUGCGCGGGGGAGCACUGGCGGUGCCGCGUGUCGCCUGCGCUGGAUCAGGGUGCCAGCUGGGCCAGUGGCAGCCGGGACAGCGCCGCGGAUUUCCCGCACGUGCAGCGGAGCAAGCGGCUCCUACCGGCAACACCCACCGGGAGGAUGCCCUCUCUGACCGGCGAGUGUCCGCGUGGGGACAUGAGCCCUGACUGGAACCACCCCCUGGCUGCCGUUCAGCGGACGGCUUUCCCUUUCCGCCUGCCACCACUGAACACCCAGAAUCCCGGAGCGCCGCUGCGCGACCACGCCGGAGCGGCCUCCGCCGCCGCCAGAGGCCACAGCUGGAGCCCCGCGCAGCGCCCCACGGCGCUCCGGGCCGCGCGGUCCCCCGUCCCGUCGGGCGAGGCCCCUGCGCGGAGGCCGCGGUCGUCUCCCAGCUUCCAGCUGGACGCCCUGCGGGGCCUGGUGGCGGCGGGCGGUGGCGAGCGGCCGCUCUCCGUCUUCCGUCGGUCGCCCUCCGUGGGGGGGGAGGCGACGCCGCAGCGUCUCGCCCGGAGCCGGCAGCGCGAGACGCUGCGGCAGGGCAGCGCCGGCAGCCUCGCGCGGACGGCGGGCGUCUGGAAAGCGCAGCAGCAGCAUCAGCAGCAGCAUCAGCAGCAGCAGGGCGCGAGGGACAGCAGCAAUGCCGUGGCCACUCCGGUGAACAUCCGCCGGACCGUCAAUGAGAUGACGAUGGAGGAGGUGAGCGAGGCGAUGAAGGACCUCCUGAACGGGAACAUCCGAAACGUCGCCGCCAAGAUCGAGCGGCUCCAGCGGCCGCCGCGGCCGCACAACGGGUCGAGCGGCUGUGACGACGGCGAGAGCCCGCCACUGCCGCCGACGUCACGAUACGAGGAGGACCUCUCCGGCGAAAUGAUCUACGUGGCAACCUUGUGAAGUCACCGGCGGCGUGUGCUUUCACUCUCGCUGCGCGCAAAGUGCUUGCCGCAAAAUGGACCACGCUGCUGAUCUCGUCAAGGGGCAUAAACCGUCACGUGGACUCGGGUCAUCUUCGCAGCAGCAGCGGCGGCGUUUAGCUCACCAUCGAACAAAGACGGUCACCGCUUCUGUGGCCGUCUGGAACGCUCUUCUUUCCGAUAUUAAAAAGCCACUGGAGCUAUGCAUUUUUUAAAA